AUGUCGGCCCCCAGCGCCCGCCACUGGGAGCAGAACAAGGAGGCCACCGUCUAUGUCGGCAAUCUACACGAGCGCGUAACACCGCGCAUCCUGCACGAGUUGAUGCUCAACGCCGGGCGCGUGCGCAACGUCAACAUGCCCGUCGACCGCGUCAACAGCCAGCACCAGGGCUUUGGCUUCGUCGAGUUCCACACCGAGGCCGAGGCCGACUACGCCCCCAAGAUCAUGAACAACGUCGGCCUGUACGGCAGCCGCGUGCGCGUCAACAAGGCCUCGGCCGACAAGCAGAAGAACGUUGAGAUUGGCGCCGAGCUGUUCGUCGGCAGCCUCGACUCGAUGAUCGACGAGAAGACGCUGUACGACACAUUUGGCCAGUUCGGGCCGCUGACGGUGGCCCCCAAGAUUGCGCGCGACGAGCACGGCCUGUCCAAGGGCUACGGCUUCAUCUCGUUCGGCGACUUCGAGUCGUCCGACGCCGCCAUUGCCAGCAUGAACGGCCAGUACAUGAUGAGCAAGCAGAUCUCGGUGCAGUACGCCUACAAGAAGGACGGCAAGGGCGAGCGCCACGGCGACGAGGCCGAGCGCAUGCUCGCGAAGCAGGCCAAGGCCCACGGCGUUUCCACUGCUGUCCAGCCCCUGCCCGCACAUCUGUUCCAAGCACCGACACCAAUGGUGCCGCCCGGUGGUCCUCCCAUGGGCGCCAUGGCAGAUCCGCGCAUGGCCAUGGGCGGCCCGCCGAAUGGGUCCGUUGGCUACGGACGCCCUCCCAUGGGCGCUGCCGUGCUCGCUCCACCACCCGCCGGACUGCCUGCGCGCCCGCCCAGCGGUGCCCCAGCCAACUUCUACCCCCCGCCCCCCGGCUUCCCAGGUGGUCCUCCCGUCGGUCCUCCGCCCGGCUUUGCUCCGCCCGGCUUUGGCCCUAGAUGA